UUUACAAGAAAACCGAAAGACCGUAUGUUUAAGCACGUAGGAUUAAUGUCACAACCAACGCACGAUCUUUGUGCGCGUGCAUGAUUUGAGGCACUCCACAGAGAUAUAAAAUGGCGGGAGGAAGAAGAAUCCAGCAACAUCGAUCGUCCCUGUGAGCUCCCCAUUUGCUCUUGCGCUUCUUCAUACUCCAACUUGCUAGUAAGAAGCAAACAGCCACGUUUGGUAGCAAUGGCGGCGUCGACGCGCAGCACCACCGUCGUCUUGCUCGUCGUGGUCACGUUGGCGGCGGCGGUGCUGCAGCCGGCGGAGGCGGCAGCUGCGACGAGGCGCCGCGCCGACACCAGCGUGCUCUGGUACCCGGGAACCAGGCAGCGUAGCCCCAGCGGCUUCCGGGGUUUCCCUCGCUCCAGGCUGUCGCCGCCGUCCGCGGGCAGGAUGACGCCGCCGUCGCCCAGCGGCAGGCCGAUGACGCCGCCGCCGUCCCAGGCGCAGGCGCCGCCCGCGCCCAGCUCGCAGGCGCCGUGCAUCGCCGCGCCCGGCUUCCCCGGCAUGCCGGUGGGCGGCGCCGGCGGGUUCGGAGGGUCGCCGCCCUCGCCGCCGUCGGCGCCGACGGACUGCGUGACGCCGCUGGCGGGGCUGAUGACGUGCGCGUCGUUCCUGACGGGGAGCGACCCGGAGACGCCGACGCCGCAGAGCGAGUGCUGCGGCGGGCUGGGCAUGUUCCUCAACAGCUCGGCGGCGGCGGACGACCGGUCGCUGAGGUGCCUGUGCCCGGUGAUCCUCGGCGACGUGAACCGCAUGCUCCCCAAGCCCAUCGACCCCGUCCGCAUGAUGUACCUCCCCAUCGCCUGCGGCGUCGUCCUCCCGCCCCAAGUCCUCUUCAUCUGCUUCACUGGGCAGCCGACGCCGCCGGUGGUGAACCGGAUUCCUGACUCCUGGAAGACCUCGUCUUCUUCAGCCUUGUCGCCUUGAGCUGGAGCCAACGAUCGAAUUUGGUUACUGCUCAUCACGCGCAAUUAAUCUCGGGACGUAUCUAUCCCAUCAACUUUAGUCAAGACUUAAAAACAAAAAGAAACUAGCUGGUUACUAGUACCAACUUUGCAAACACCGGACUGGUCAACGCAUAAUGCGUCAAUUGUGGUGUAGUAUUACCGAUCAAUGUAGUAGCUACCGUGUCU